GGAGGUAAAAUGGAAGGCGUCCAUGAAGCUCCACAUGACGUAGAAAACCCCAAGGAUCCAUUACAAGAGGAGCUGGAUAACUUGUCAACCCUGUCCCCUUUACGGUGUAUCUAUAGAGUUCCCAAGCGACUGCGGCGGGUACAUGAGAAAGCAUAUACACCUCAAGUAGUCUCUAUUGGCCCACUUCACCAUGGCAAGGAACAUUUAAAAGCCAUGGAAGAGCACAAAAAAUGGUACCUGCGACAUUUUCUAAGCCGAACCAGGGAAAGGGUAAGCUUUUCUGAUUAUAUACAAAUGAUAAAGGACCAAGAGGGAAGGUUGCGAGGUUCUUAUGCAGAACCCAUUGAGUUUGGCAGUGAUCAAUUUGUAAGAAUUGUUUUAGUGGAUGCCGCCUUCGUCAUUGAGUUCUUAUUGAGGUGCCGUGACUCAAAUUGUGAAGGUGAUGAUUACAUAUUUAACAACCCUAUGAUGAGAUGGGAUGUGCUUCCAGAUUUGCGGUUGCUUGAAAAUCAGCUGCCAUUCUUCAUUCUUCAGGUUCUUUUUAAUACACUUUCUUCUUCUGCACAUCCACGGCCUUCGUUACUUGAAAUUUCCUACUCCUUUUUCGAAAGCCAAAUUGUUAGAAAGGGAAAAGAAGAGGGUUUUAAUGAAAUAUGCUAUACUGAAGAAGUACAACAUUUUGUUGAUCUGAUAAGAAUUCUAUACCGACCGUUCAAAUCACAAACUAGAAGGGAACUUAAAACCACAGCCGUACCCAAUGCGGCAGAGCUACUCCAGGCUGGAGUCAAGUUUACGGUCGGAAAAGGCAGCAAUUUAUUUCACAUUAAAUUCUCGGAUGGCAUCCUCAAAAUUCCGACGUUAAUAGUAGCCGAUACCACAGAUCUGACACUCAGAAAUCUCCUUGCUUUUGAACAAUGCCAUAAGAGAGAGGAGGAUUGCCUAACUAGUUAUGUUUUCCUCAUGAAGCGUCUCGCGAAAACCCCAAAGGAUGUGGAAUUGCUUGUUGAGCAUGGAAUUAUUGAAAAUUGGCUAGGCAGUACCAAGAAGAUAUCUACUUUGCUUCAUGACCUUGGCACUGGGAUGAUACUUGACUACUACUGUUAUGCCCCUCUUUGUGAAGAUCUGAACAGCUACUGCGGAAAACGCAGGCACAAAUGGAUGGCAAAUUUGAGACAAAAUUAUUUUAACACGCCUUGGUACAUUAUUUCUGUUGUUGCAGCUGUUAUUCUCCUCAUACUCACUUUCAUACAAACUGUGUGCACUGUUAUAUCUGCUGCUUAAGCAUAAACGACCGCAAGUCUCUACUUCUCCGGAGGAUCCACAAGUCUCUGCUUCUUCGGAGGAUCCGCAAGUCUCUCCUUUGCCGUAUCCUCCGUAUCCUUAGAAGUCUAGCCUAGUCUUUGAGACGGUACAGAGUUUGCAUUAGCAAUCUCAGGUUUCCUUGAAGUGAGUGUAAUAGAUGUUCCAACAAAAUAAAGGUUUGAAGAGUGUGGAUUUAUAUUUGAUAGGGAAGUGGCUACUUGUAAUGAUUUUCAUUGAAGUAUGUGAUUUCCGCAGGCCUUUUUCUCAUCUGCACUUUUAUAUUUUCGGGCGUUAGAUUGAAUAAACCUUGUAUAUUUAAAACCAAAGCAAUAUUAUUCAACAAAUUAAUGUGUUACACAUAUGCAUGUUGGAGAUGAAACUCCAAACAAGGAACAACCUCCUCCAUCACAUGCUAACAAUUUUUAUUCAAAAUAUGAUAUGAAAUAAAUCAAUAUCCUAGUGUUGAAAAAAGCUCAACAGUAGCAAUGGCAUACAGGACCAGAGCUAAUAUUUUUGCAGAAACCUCCUUUUUCACAAUCUGCAAUGCAGAAUUCCGAGCACUUUCCAUUUUUUUUACCAGGCACACAUUCUCCUAGCUCGGGGUGAU